GGGAAAGACUAUUAAAUGCCUAGGCGUUCAACCUUUCCAUAUGUAUAUUUUAUUUUUCAAACAUUGAUGAUGUAUUUGAGUACUCAGGAAUGCUCAACCUUUUGCAAACGAUAUUGGACACUUUAACAAGCCUGAAGACGGUGACGCGUACCUGUAACCUAGAUUAAUGCACAGUGAUGACUUCGUUAUAACUGAAUGAUAUCCGAUAGGUAGCAGACAUCGUUUAUGAUCGACAUCCAAUCGACGGUGAGUGUUUUAUUCUUCAAUAGGCCUAAUUACCGCUUCGGUUUGUUAAUGCUGGAGGCGUCGUGCCGCUUCGGAGACAGCUCACUUGGCUAAAGUCAAUCGUUUUGAGGAAACGUGCCUUCACUUGUUGUCACUAUAAAAACAGACCUUCAUCGCUGUUCUCUCUCAACUGUUCACACAAGAAGCAGCGAGGCUACCUGACUGUCUCAGUAUGUUCUAGAACAGUCUUCAGGGAUGUUCAAGAUGAGACGCUGGACUUUACUUGUCGUGAUUGCUCUUUGUGUGUCUCCGUUUCUUUUGGCUGGUCCUUCCAGCUCUUCAGGUCCAGUCUCAGAGACCCAGAGCCGCUGUGCUGGCCGGGCCUGUAACCCUCCCAUGGGGAACCUCGCCUUGGGCCGAGGACUACUCACCCAGUCAGUGUGUGGAGUCAACUCCACUGAGCCCUACUGCUCCUACCAGCAGAUGUUUAGCUCUACCUCUUCCUUCCACAGAGACACUUCCUGUCCAGCAGCACCCAAAUGCAGCAAGUGCAACGCAGCUCUCCCCCACCAGGCUCACCCGGCGUCUGCCAUGACCGAUUCCUCAUUCCGAUACCCAGAUACCUGGUGGCAGUCUGCCGAGGGGGCGGAGACAGAAACCCUCCAACUAAACCUGGAGACAGAGUUCUACUUGACGCAUCUGAUCCUGGUGUUCCGCUCCCCCCGGCCCGCCGCCAUGUUGCUGGAGCGUUCUCAGGACCACGGGAGGACCUGGAAGACCCUCAGGUACUUUGCGAGGGACUGUGAGGAAACCUUCGGCCUGGCAGAGGAGGCUCGUGUGAAGGAGAAAGGAGAGAGCGGUGCGGCCUGCACCUCCAAAUACUCCGGAGCGUUCCCAUGUACCCGAGGAGAGGUGAUCUAUCGCGCCCUGUCCCCCUGGUACUCACUGGACCCCUACGGCCCAGCAGCCCAGACUCAGUUGAUGGUCACCAACCUGCGGGUGCGUCUGCUGCAGCGCCAGCCUUGCCCCUGCCAGGCUAAAGACCCAGAUAUCCAGGCACUGCCCACGAACCAUUAUGCCAUCUAUGACUUCAUCGUCAAGGGUAGCUGCCUCUGCAACGGGCACGCUGAGCACUGUGUGCCAGCCAAUGGGUACCGCCCCGCCAGGCAGAGGAUCAAUCACGUGGUCCAUGGGAAAUGUGUGUGUAAACACAACACUGCCGGCGACCACUGUGAGCACUGCGUUCCCCUCUACAAUGACCAACCCUGGCAAGCUGCCAACGGCAUCAUAGGAGCACCUCGUGAAUGCAAGAAGUGCAAGUGUAACGGCCAUGCAGAUAUUUGUCACUUUGACCGUGGUGUGUGGUUGGCAUCGGGACGGCGUAGUGGGACUGUGUGUGACGUCUGCCACCACAACACAGAGGGCAGACACUGCCAGAGCUGCCGUAGAGGGUUCUACAGACACCCCAGCAGACCGAGCUCUGCCGCUGACUCCUGCACACCAUGUGCCUGCCACCCUGUAGGGUCUAGACCCGCGAUCUCAGGUGGCCAGGACCUCUGUAACCCUAGCAACGGGGCAUGCACCUGCAGAUCGGGCGUGGGCGGUCCUCUCUGUGACAGAUGCAUAGUAGGGUUCUGGGGCUUCCAUGGUUACGGGUGCAGACCGUGUGACUGUACAGGGGGGGACUGUGACCCCUACACCGGGGACUGCUUGUCUGGCUCAGAUCUGGACGUGUACUAUACAGGAGGUGACAGCCACAUACACAGAGGACCUAGCAGUAGUGAGCUAGCAACACUGUUUAGGGUGGAGGAGCUGUUCUCUGUACUGCACCACUCUGAGAAAUGUCAGUGUAAGGUGGUGCCUAUAGGCAGCCCCAAACUCUUCUGUGCCAACGAGUAUGACUACGUGCUGAUGGUGAGGAUCAUUGCGGCCCGUGAUCAGGGCUCCCAUGCUGAGGUGGAGGUUAAGGUAAAGAAGGUCCUGUACCACGGCAGCCAGGUGAACAUCAAGAAAGGUCACAUCACCCUCUACCCAGAAUCCUGGACCACCCGAGGGUGCACCUGCCCCCUCCUUAACCCAGGAUCAGAGUAUCUGGUGGGGGGCCACGAGGACCGGAGGACGGGUCGUCUGCUGGUGAACACCAAGAGCCUGGUCAAACCCUGGAGGCCCAGCAUGGGACGCAAGCUCCUGCAUCUCCUCAACAAACACUGUAGCUCCUCCUCCUCUUCCUCUUCACGGAAGACUGCAGCAGAGAGACUGCAGAAUGCAAACGUCUUUAGUCUGCAGAAGAGAAACUAGAGCCAUGGAACAAGAAGAAGAGAGGGAUGGAGAGUUAAAAGUUAUCCAUGUUUUGGUGGAUUGCAUGAGAAGGACGAUGAGCCGAAUAUAAAGACGUGUGAGAGUGUAUUUUUGGACGAAUGUGGGCUGGACAUGGGGAUACAGCCACUGCUUGGGCAAUAUGGUGAAAAGUAGAACUCUUUUGCCAUUCAGGGCCUCAUUUGCCUGUUUCAUCCACAGACCCACGGAACACAUUUCUGAAACGAUGACCUCCACGGCAGGACCAUGAUGGAUAGUGUUCUGCGCUGAAUGGCACUGUGUGGCUCAGUUGGAAAGAGCAUGGCGCUGGCAACACUGAGGUUGUGGGUUCAAUUCCUGCAGGGAUCAUAAACAAAAACAUAUGCAAAAAAAAUGUAUGCACUCACUGUAUUGCAAGUCACUUUGGUGAAACGCGUGAGUCUGCUUAGUGGUAUAUAUUGGAUUAUAUAAUAUGAUGACAGGCUGCUGCACAGAGACAGAGUACAGACUCUCGUCUCCUUUUUUACAGGAAGAGGAAAAUAAGUUUCCAAAGGGAAGACCAGAUAUCCUGAGUGAAGGUUUACUGUCUGAGGAAGAUUGAUUGAUCUGACUUCUCAUUCUGAUCUUUGGAUGUUACAGUCCCAAAGACAUCAGAGCCACUGGGCUGGUGUUUAAAUCCACUUUAGAUUUGUCUCCGACUAUAGUUGAAACCAAGACAAAUAUAGAACCAAAAGGAUAUUAUUAAUUAAUGUUUUAUCAAAUGACCGAGAUCUCUAUGUUCUAUGAUUAGCCUUCUGAUCUAUCCAAGGUUUUAUGUUUUGGAGUCCUGACGUUUGUAUCCUCAGUUCCUGGAGUUAUUGGCAGUAAACCUGCAGAAGCAUCAUUGUGUGUGUGUGUGUGUGUGUGUGUGUGUGUGUGUGUGUGUGUGUGUGUGUGUGUGUGUGUGUGUGUGUGUGUGUGUGUGUGUGUGUGUGUGUGUGUGUGUGUGUGUGUGUGUGUGUGUGUGUCCACAAACUCGCUGUCCCUGGCUCGAAGGGACUGAGCAGGCCUUAACAAGUAGUAUCUCCUGGAGCGGAAAAGAAGAGUAGAGAGAGAACAGAAAGUCUGUCUGGACCCCUCUGGGACUAAAGCACUGAAGACGCUCUCAGUUAGAAUUGAACUGACUUCACGUCUUCCCUCACUCUCAGUCUGAUUUCAACGACUCUUUGUCAGGUUUAUGUCAAAACAUGACACGAUGAUGUUGUCUACUUACUCACAUGGUUUGGUGUCCUCACUUCUAUUGCACUCAGGGAUGUGGUGGUAAAACCUCUGAACACCUUAAAUAGAUGGGUAACCCCAUAUAAGGGGCAAAUAGGACUCUUAUUUUAUUUUAUUGGGCAUAAGUGUGAUCUAAUCACAUUGGUUCACCAGGAAUUAAUCCUACAGAUCAUGUGACAAAGUCAGGAGAAGUCCGUGUACUCAGAUCUAGAAUGGUGAACUGAGUUUACGUUUAUUUAUUUAAAUGGGCAAGUCAGUUAAAAAACUAUUCUUAUUUACAAUGACAGCUCACUCCAGACAACACUGUGCACCACCCUAUGGUACUCCCAAUGACCACCCACCCCAGACAACACCCUAUGGUACUCUCAAUGACAGCCCACCCCAGACAACACUGUGCACCACCCUAUGGUACUCCCAAUGACUGCCCACCCCAGACAACACCCUAUGGUACUCCCAAUGACAGCCCACCCCAGACAACACCCUAUGGUACUCCCAAUGACUGCCCACCCCAGACAACACCCUAUGGUACUCCCAAUGACAGCCCACCCCAGACAACACCCUAUGGUACUCCCAAUGACAGCCCACCCCAGACAACACCCUAUGGUACUCCCAAUGACUGCCCACCCCAGACAACACCCUAUGGUACUCCCAAUGACAGCCCACCCCAGACAACACCCUAUGGUACUCCCAAUGACUGCCCACCCCAGACAACACCCUAUGGUACUCCCAAUGACAGCCCACCCCAGACAACACUGUGCAUCACCCUAUGGUAGUCCCAAUGACAGCCCACCCCAGACAACACUGUGCAUCACCCUAUGGUACUCCCAAUGACAGCCCACCCCAGACAACACUGUGCAUCACCCUAUGGUACUCCCAAUGACAGCCCACCCCAGACAACACAGUGCACCACCCUAUGGUACUCCCAAUGACAGCCAGAUGUGAUUCAGCCUGGAUUUGAACCAGGGACUAUGACACCUCUUGCACUGAGAUGCAGUGCUUUAGACCGCUGCGACACUCAGGAGAAUGAGUUUAUCUUUCACCAUGUAAACAUGAGUUUAUCCUUCACCAUGUUAACAUGAGUUUAUCCUUCACCAUGUAAACAAGAGUUUAUCCUUCACUAUGUAAACAUGAGUUUAUCCUUCACCAUGUAAACACGAGUUUAUCCUUCACCAUGUAAACAAGAGUUUAUCCUUCACCAUGUAAACACGAGUUUAUCCUUCACCAUGUAAACAUGAGUUUAUCCUUCACCAUGUAAACACGAGUUUAUCCUUCACCAUGUAAACAUGAGUUUAUCCUUCACCAUGUAAACAUGAGUUUAUCCUUCACCAUGUAAACAUGAGUUUAUCCUUCACCAUGUAAACAAGAGUUUAUCCUUCACCAUGUAAACAUGAGUUUAUUCUUCACUAUGUAAACAUGAGUUUAUCCUUCACCAUGUAAACAAGAGUUUAUCCUUCACCAUGUAAACAUGAGUUUAUUCUUCACUAUGUAAACAUGAGUUUAUCCUUCACCAUGUAAACAAGAGUUUAUCCUUCACCAUGUAAACAUGAGUUUAUUCUUCACUAUGUAAACAUGAGUUUAUCCUUCACCAUGUAAACAUGAGUUUAUCCUUCACCAUGUAAACAUGAGUUUAUCCUUCACCAUGUAAACAUCAGUUUAUCCUUCACCAUGUAAACAUCAGUUUAUCCUUCACUGCAGCGCCGAUUCCACUCUAUACCAGGUUGUUGUUGUUGUUUUUGUUAGGGAAGACGGAAAAUAACCCCAUGUGUGUUUCUCUCAUUAGUAAACGACCCAACAAUCCAUGAAUCCCAAAAUAAACAUGGAGCUACUUAGCUAAGAAAGGAAGGGAUGAAUUGACGUCACUGUGUCAGAUCUGUAUCUGGAGAGGCUCGGUACAUAUUUGACCCAGACCUAGCAUGCUUCCCAAAUGGCACCCUAUUCCCUACAUAGUGCACUACUUUUGACCAGAGAGCCCUGGUUAAGAAUAUGUCUGUGUUGCUGUCUCUAAGGCUGCGUUUACACAGGCAGACCAAUUCUAAUUUUUUUUUUUUUUUCAGAUUUGCUCUGAAAAAAAGUUAGCAUAUUGGGGCUGUCUGUGUAACACUGCCUAAGGAGUAGCUAGGUCAGUAGCUGCUGGCCUGGGCUGAAGAGACAUGAUGCAUUCCUGCACUGUGACGUCAUCCGAAUGCUUCACCCUUGUCCCAAAGACUUUAUUAAAGGAGUUUACAAGUGGUGAAUGGAGCAGAGCUAUGAGAUCACACAUUUUUUUAAAUAUAUAUUUUUUAACCUUUAUUUAAGUAGGCAAGUCAGUUAAGAACAAAUUCUUAUUUUCAAUGACGGCCUGGGAACAGUGGGUUAACUGCCUGUUCAGGGGCAGAACGACAGAUUUGUACCUUGUCAGCUCGGGAGUUUGAACUUGCAACUAGUCCAAUGCUCUAACCACUAGGCUACCCUGCCGUCCCUACACUCUAACCACUAGGCUACCCUGCCGUCCCUACACUCUAACCACUAGGCUACCCUGCCGUCCCUACACUCUAACCACUAGGCUACCCUGCCGUCCCUACACUCUAACCACUAGGCUACCCUGCCGUCCCUACAC